AAUCUUGGUGUUGUGCUUAACAAAAAUGGAAACUACGACAAAGCUAUAGAGGCUCACAAAAAAGCUCUGGAAACUCGAAAACAAUCGUUAGGUCCAGAUCAUGUUGACGUCGCUGCCUCUUUAAACAAUCUUGGAAAUGUGCUUGAACUAACUAAAAAAUACGACGAAGCUAUAAAAUUUCACGAAGAAGCUCUGGAAAUUAAAAAACAAUCGUUAGCUCCAAGUCAUGUUGAUAUCGCUGCGUCUUUAAACAAUCUUGGUAAUGUUUAUUAUAGUACUGGAAACUACGACAAAGCUAUAGAAUUUUACGAAAAAGCUCUGGAAAUUCGAAAACAAUCAUUAGGUCCAAAUCAUGUUGAUGUCGCUAAGUCUUUAUACAAUCUUGGUAUUGUGCAUAAAAUAACUGGAAGGUACGACAAAGCUAUAGAAUUUUACGAAAAAUCUCUAGAAGUUAAAAAACAAUCGUUAGGUUCAAAUGAUUUUGAUAAAGCUCUGGAAAUUCGAAAACAAUCGUUAGGUCCAAAUCAUGUUGAUGUCGCUGAGUCUUUAAAACAUCUUGGUGCGGUGUAUUCUGAAACUGGAAACUACGACAAAGCUAUAGAAUUUCACGAAAAGCUCUGGAAAUUCAAAAACAAUGGUAAUGUGCUUAAAAAAAUUGGAAAGUACGACAAAGCUAUAGAGUUUUACGAAAAAUCUCUGGAAAUUAAAAAACAAUCGUUAGGUCCAAAUCAUGUUGAUGUCGCUGAUUGUUUAAACAAUCUUGCUGCGUGUUUAAACAAUCUUGGUGCGCUGUGUUCUGAAACUGGAAACUACGAGAAAGCUAUAGAGUUUUACGAAAAAGCUCUGGAAACUCGAAAACAAUCGUUAGGUCCAGAUCAUGUUGACGUCGCUGCCUCUUUAAACAAUAUUGGAAAUGUGCUUGAACUAACUGGAAACUACGACGAAGCUAUAAAAUUUCACGAAGAAGCUCUGGAAAUUAAAAAACAAUCGUUAGCUCCAAGUCAUGUUGAUAUCGCUGCGUCAUUAAACAAUCUUGGUAAUGUUUAUUAUAGUACUGGAAACUACGAAAAAGCUAUAGAAUUUCACGAAAAAGCUCUGGAAAUACAAAAACAAUCAUUAGGUCCAAAUCAUGUUGAUGUCGCUAAGUCUUUAUACAAUCUUGCUAUUGUGCAUAAAAUAACUAGAAGGUACGACAAAGCCUUAGAAUUUCACGAAAAAGCUCUGGAAAUACAAAAACAAUCGUUAGGUCCAAAUCAUUCUGAAACUGGAAACUACGAGAAAGCUAUAGAGUUUUACGAUAAAGCUCUGGAAAUUCGAAAACAAUCGAGAAAGCUUCAGUUAUACGGCUUGCAAAAAGUGGACUUUCCUGUCUCAGUAGACACCGUUCGGCAAAUCAUUGAGAACGAAAUUAAGGGACCAUCAUCGACUCUUGGUUACAGGGGUAUGUGGAAUAAGUUAAGAACAAGUUACAAUAUAACAGUUUCUCGAGACAAAGUUAUGAGAAUACUGAAAAACGUCGACCCAGAAGCAUCGGCACUCCGUAAAGCUAGAAAGUUGCUUCAGCGAACUUACGUAUCUGAUGGACCAAAUGCUACCUGGCAUGUAGAUGGAUACGAUAAGCUGAAGCCCUACGGUUUACCAAUUAACGGUUGUGUUGACGGGUUUUCUUGA